AUGCCUUCCUGGUACAUCAAACAUAGUCCAAACACCAUUACGGCAUCUGAGAAAGAACAACUUGCCAAGUCAAUCACCAGGCUGUACGUCUCCGUUGGCCUACCUGCAUUCUACGUCCAAGUCCAUUUCAUCGAGAACAUUCCCGGUACUUCGUUUGUUGGUGGCGAACCUCACCCCAACUUUGCAGCCUUGACAAUAUACCACAUUGCCCGUGCCUUCAAAACCGACGAAGCCAAACGAAGAUUCUUGGCUGCCGUCGAUGAGAUUCUCAAUCCAUUUUUCGAGCCGAAGGGAAUGGAAUGGGAGUAUUUCAUCGCAGAAUCAUCGAGAGACUUGUGGAAGAUCAAUGGUCUUGUGCCACCGCAGCCUGGAUCUGAGGGAGAGAAGAAAUGGGCUGAGCUGAACAAGGCUGUUAAGCUCUAG